AGUUUACACCGUUACACAAUACUACACUAUACAAAAUUCACAUUAUUCGACACUCGAUAUAUUUGUAUAAAGCUAUCACACUCAACCUCAAGUUACAGUACGUUUCUAUUUCAGUCUAAACUCAAUCAAAACCCCAUAAUUAUCUCCAUUUGCUUAAAUACGUAAGACGAGAGUGCUACCGGAAUACGAUGGAAUGUAAGAUAGUUGCCGACUUCAAACAGGGUUUGUUUUGCAUUGAUCCUCUCUAUGGUUACAUUCUUGGAGAUCCGCUGGAGAAACUACCAAGUUACUUUGAAACGUGGAAUGAAUUGGCGAAAAACAUGCCGAAACUUGUUGAAACCAAAGAAUUUCGCAAUAAAGUUAACAACAUGACUCUUUUGGACAUUGCAAAGUUGAACGGGCACAAGGAGAAGCGUUUGGCACAUCUACAGCUUGCUAUCAUUGCAUCAGGUUAUAUUUGGCAAGAAGGCGAAGAAGGAGUGACCAAGAGCAUUCCGGAACAGUUGGCGGUUCCAUGGUACAGACUAUCAGAAGAAUUAGACUUGAAGCCUAUUCUAACAUAUGCCGAUAUUAUAAUUAUUAACUGGAGGAAAAAAGAUGAGAAUAAGCCCCUGGAGUUAGAUAACCUCCGAUGUCUUUACAAUGUGACUGAAGGUGAAAAUGCCGAAUGGUUUAUUACAGUCACAAUUCAAAUUGAAUUUGAAUUCGCAGCAGCAAUCCAGUCUAUUUUGGAAGCUAUCCAAGCUGUCUCUGAUUCUGACACACCAAGACUCAAUCGUUGCUUGCGUGAGAUCAACGACGUUAUAUUAAAUAUGUUGAAAGUGUUUCGCAGAAUGCACGAAAAAUUAACAGCUGAAGUAUUUUUCAAAAAAAUGCGGCCUUUUUUGAAUGGAUGGGGCACGGAAGGAAAUUGUCUGCCAGAAGGAUUGAUAUACGAGGGAAUAGAUGAUAAACCAAAGAAGUGUGUUGGUGGUAGUGCGGCCCAGAGUUCCAUACUGCAGACAUUGGACGCUUUCUUGGAAAUAAAACAUAACAAAGACAAACAGAUGUUUUUGGACGAGAUGAAAGAAUAUAUGCCAAAGCCUCAUCGAGAUUUCAUUGACGCAAUAAAAAAAUCGCCAAAGGUUCGAAACUACGGUAAGACAUUUUGUGUAGAUAGAUCUAAUCACGUGAUUUACGUCAGAUGA